CCUAGUUAACCAACUUCAGUUCCUCCUCGUGAAGAAGUUCAAAGUUCAAACAUCAGGCUGUCGUUUUUAGGAAUCCGUCUUCUUUUAUUCCUACAUUCUCUGCUAGGGUUUAUCAAUUUUUUGAUGUCACAAACUAAAACCCUAGAUAAAUAAUAAAUAAUCAGGUAAUUAAACCCUUCUUUUCCCUUCUCAAUUCUUGCUCUUGAACAAUUCUGAAUUUUGAAAUGAUUGAUGUUCAGAUUCUUCUCUAAUUUUUUUACUCCAUUUGAGGGAUAGAGAGAGAUAAUAUUUGGUUAAUAAUCUGAAUCUUCUGGAUUUGUUGUUAAUAUAGACAAUCUUUCAGUAUCUGCAGUUUUCAUUUUGAUUUGAAGCAACCCAAGCAAAUUUAGUUGAGAGUUAUAAGAUGGCGAGUACGUAUAUGCACGGUUCACUCAGUAAUGGACUAACUAGUAAACCUAUUAAGAGAAUGGCUGCAUUUUCAACACCUUUUUGUGCUGUUAGAACGCAAAGGAAUCACCUUACAUUGAUGGAUAAGACUAAUGGAAUUCAUUCUACCAAUGGUCUUAAGAAAGUAGGGUUUUCUGGUGGUGAAACCAUGUCGUCUAGCCAAGCACAGUUGUUUUCUUUGCGGAUAACUCCUAGUAGAAAGACGGGGUUUCUAGUGGUUAGAAAUCAGGUUUCCGAUUCUGAUUUGGGUAAUGUGGAGGAGAAAUUCAGAGUACAGGAAGAGAGUGGGGAUGUUCCAAAAAGUUUCAAGCAAGGAACUGAAAAGUUGGCGGAGAAUCUGAUAAGUAGUUCAAGUAAUCUAAGUGUCACACAAGAACUUGUUGGUCUUUCUUUGCCAGCAUUUGGUGGACAAGCAAUCGAUCCUUUAGCACAACUGAUGGAGACAGCUUACAUUGGUAGUUUUGGUCCUUUGGAGUUGGCUUCUGCUGGUAUCUCUGUAUCAAUCUUCAACGUAAUAUCAAAGUUAUUCAAUAUUCCUCUUCUUGGUAUUGCAACUUCAUUCGUGGCAGAAGACAUUUCAAAAGCUGCAGCUAAGGAAUCUGCUUCAGCGCUGGUAGCAGAUGGGGCUUUCCAGAAAGAAAGUAAUAAUGGCAGGCCACUUGAAGUUCCUGAGAAAAAGCAAUCAGCAUCAGUAUCCACUGCACUAUUAUUAGCUGUUGGACUCGGUGUUUUUGAGGCUAUAUCAUUGUAUAUUGGAUCUGGAUUCUUCUUAAAUUUGAUGGGCGUGUCGCCAGCUUCGUCCAUGCGGAUUCCAGCAGAAAGAUUUCUGAAACUGAGGGCAAUUGGUGCUCCUGCAGUUGUUCUGUCUUUAGCACUUCAAGGCAUCUUUCGUGGUUUUAAAGAUACAAAGACUCCUUUGUUCUGUCUAGGAGUUGGCAACCUUGUGGCUGUAUUUUUGUUUCCAUUGCUUAUGUAUACAUUUGGUCUGGGUGUAAUUGGUUCAGCCAUUGCCACUGUUUCAUCUCAGUAUAUCACCACCAUUUUGUUAAUCUGGAUUCUUAGUAAGAAGGUUAUAUUACUGCCACCUAAGAUGGAAAAUCUGCAGUUUGGUGGCUACGUAAAAUCCGGUGGUUUCCUUAUGGGGAGAACUCUUGCUGUCCUUGGGUCUGUGACGUUAGGGACAUCCAUGGCUGCACGUCAAGGUCCAUUGCAAAUGGCGGCUCAUCAAAUAUGCUUCCAGGUGUGGUUGGCAGUAUCUCUCCUUGCAGAUGCCCUGGCUUCAUCUGCUCAGGCUAUGAUCGCAAGUUCCUACUCAGAAGGUGAUUACAGUAGAGUGAAAGAAAUUACCAUUCUCGUUUUGAAGACAGGACUGUUUUCGGGUCUCGCCUUAACUAUCAUACUUGGUGCAUCUUUUGGUAAAAUUGCCACAUUGUUCACCAGUGACGCAGAAGUCCUAGCAAUUGCUAGAUCAGGGAUACUGUUUGUCUGUGCUAGUCAACCACUCAAUGCAUUAGCUUUUGUCUGUGAUGGUCUCCACUACGGUGUUUCAGAUUUCAAAUAUGCAGCUCAGUCUAUGAUGCUGGUUGGAGUUGUAACUUCUGCAUUUUUGCUGUACGCUCCUCCAAUUUAUGGUCUUCCCGGAGUUUGGAUGGGUUUGAGUCUUUUCAUGGGUUUACGUAUGGUGGCAGGAUUAAUGAGAUUUAUGUCCAAAUCUGGGCCGUGGUGGUUCUUGCACAAGGACUUCCAGAACAGCCAGGUUAGCAUGUACUAGAGUUUGGCAGGUUGUCGAUCAUUUUUAGCUGAAUUUCACACCAUAUAAAUGUGCAAAUGCUCUCGAUUUUUAUGAAACUCAAUUAUAGAAAUCUUUGUAAUUAAGAUUUUGUCUUUUUUAUCACAUUAGUAGUUCAAUGCUAUUUUAUGGAUAUCAA